UCCUGUCUUUCUUCUUCCACACUCAGUCCACACUGUCUUCUCUCUUUCUUGGGCUCUACUUAAACCUUUGUAUCUACUGGGAUAAAAAGCAACACCUCAACUAAGAAAAGAUCUCAGAGAAUACUUCACCGGUGCAGCCUAUGAGAAAACACCAUUUGACUUUUAGAAGGAUCUACGUUAGAGAAAACCCAUCACAAUUAAUUGGACAACAUUAUCCUACUGCUCAAAAGAGAAAAAGAAAGAAAAAAAUACACAAUGGAACUUCAGAAACUAACAAACGGUCACCACCAAGACUUUCAACAUCUUGAGGAGGGAGAGUCACCUGAACGAGAGGAGUUUUUACCACACAAGAGUGAUGGAGGAAAACCCCCUCAGUUUACAGAUUUUGAAGGAAAGACCUCGUUUGGGAUGUCUGUCUUCAACCUUAGCAAUGCCAUCAUGGGUAGUGGGAUUCUGGGACUGUCCUAUGCCAUGUCCAACACUGGUAUCAUCCUCUUCCUGGUUUUGUUGACCAGCAUUGCUGUCCUGUCAUCAUACUCUGUCCAUCUUCUACUGAGGAGUGCAGGAGUUGUGGGCAUUCGCGCUUAUGAACAACUUGGUAAACGAGCAUUUGGACACCCAGGGAAAAUUUUGGCAGCUGUUGUCAUAACAAUGCAUAACAUUGGUGCUAUGUCUAGCUACCUCUUCAUUGUUAAGUAUGAAUUACCUCUGGUUAUUCAGACUUUUCUUGGUCUUCAGCACAGCACUGGUGAGUGGUUCCUGAAUGGCAACUAUCUGAUCAUCAUUGUGUCCAUCUGCAUCAUCUUUCCACUUGCCCUCAUGAGACAGCUUGGGUACCUGGGCUACACCAGUGGCUUCUCUCUGACAUGUAUGGUUUUCUUCCUGAUCUCAGUCAUCUAUAAGAAGUUCAACAUCCCUUGUCCUUUUGAUGGUUUCAGUAACCACACCGCUGACAACAUAUCUAUUGAUGGAGAAUGUGAAACCAAAUACUUCACCAUCAACCAGCAGACAGCCUACACAGUCCCAAUCUUGGCUUUCGCUUUUGUAUGCCACCCUGAGGUGCUGCCAAUCUACACUGAACUGCGCAAUCCCACAAAGAGACGCAUGCAGGCCAUUGCCAACGUGUCCAUCCUGGGGAUGUUUGUCAUGUAUCUGCUCACUGCCGUCUUUGGCUACCUCACCUUUUAUUUAAGCACAGAGGCAGAACUUCUUCACACUUAUAGUAAGGUGGAUCCUCUGGACACUCUCAUCCUAUGUGUGCGUCUGGCUGUGCUGGUGGCCGUCACUCUAACAGUUCCCGUUGUGCUCUUCCCGAUUCGCAGAGCCCUUCUGCAGCUACUGUUCCCUGAUAAGCCCUUUCACUGGGUGCGUCACAUCACCAUUGCCGUGUGUCUCCUCUUUGUUGUCAACCUGCUCGUCAUAUUUGUGCCCAACAUUCGUGAUAUAUUUGGUAUCAUUGGUGCGACUUCUGCCCCAAGUUUGAUCUUCAUCCUCCCAGGUCUCUUUUAUAUCCGUAUCGUUUCCACUGAGCAAGAGCCAAUGAACUCCAGGCCAAAAAUUCAGGCUGCUUGCUUCACUGCUCUGGGCUUCAUCUUUAUGGGCAUGAGCUUAACGUUCAUCUCACUGGAUUGGAUCUACGGGGAGAACCGAAGUGGGGGAGGUCACUAAUUUUCACCCAAAAAACAGUAAGGGUCCAAACAGCCUGUUGAGAG